AUGGAUGUCGACUGUCUUUACUUCUUUUCUCUUCUUCUCUGGCUGCUUCUCGUCGGCCCGAGUAGAUGGACAGCAUGUGUCAAACUGUGUAGGCCGUCGACGGGUGCAACAAGCACAAGCGUGCAACAAGCCUCUCUCUUCCUCUUGAUUUCUCAGUCAGCCACACCCGAAACCCCAAAAGCCAAGGUAAAAAGAUCUGACCGACCUUUGAUAUGCCCGGGCCCCUGGCCAUGGGGAUGGAACGAUGGAAUCAAUCAAUGUGUCUCUCAGUUCUCGGGGUUUCCUGUGUGCGGCCUGCCCAUGUCGGACGGGACGCACCUGUCAAUGGGCCCCAUUGUUUCGUUUCGAGCUGCUUCGUCCAGCGGUGAUGCAGAAAGAAAUUGGUGA